AUGAAAGCAAAAAUAAUAAGAGGAGAAUAUGAAAUGGAGGAAUCUUUGUCAGGCGAGGCUCAGGAUUUGAUUAGGUCGAUACUACGGCUGGAGCCAACGGAGCGACUGACGCUAAAGCAGAUUCUGCAGCAUCCAUGGUUUACCAUAAAAGAUGAGGAAGAGGACGAUGACGACGAUUGGGAUACUACCGAUGAAGUAGUCGAUAGUGAAUCUCCAUCAUCGGUUGAGGAGAAUAAUGUCGGAGGGAGCGGUGACACAACGAGCCAUCUCGAAUAUCUUGAACGACAGCGGCGAGAAAUUUUUUUGACAACGAAUCAACAAGGUGGGCAAAGUCAUCAGUCAACAUCUAACACCGAGAAUGGAAUGACGACCGCCGCACCCUCAGCCUUUGAAUUGAGAUUGCGAGGGAUGACGUCUGCAUCCACGAACACUGUUCCACCAAAUGUUUGGGGACCUUCCACUUCGAGAUCUUCUCGAAGGUCCUCAGUUGAUAGCAAAGCUUUUAACGAAAAAAUCUUUUUCACAACGCCCGAAGAGAAGGAGUUGUUGGAAAAACUUGAUGACCUGGGAUUUGACAUCCAAGCUAUAAAACACAGUGUUUUGGAGGGUAAAGUGGAUUCCUCUUGUGGUUUAUGGUGGCUGCAGUUAACCAAAUUGAGGGAAAAGAGGAGGAUCGAAGGGACGCAGAGUUCAAUAACAAUGGUUGACGUGGCUGUGGGUACUAGCGAUGAUGAGGUGGAAUUGGUGGACGACAUUGACGAGGAAUUAGACGAUGCAGAAUCACCGGAAGAGAACAAUGGUUUACCCAGGUCAUCGCAUGAAGGGGAGGGUACAAAGGUGAAGGACAAUAUUGAAAUUCUCGAGGAAAUAAUGCCACCAACACCACCGCCCAAGACCUAUCAUUCUGCACCGGCUUCGCGCGAAAGGCGCAAAUCUUUGAUCCUCUCAUUUCCGGAGGCGGUGGAACCCGUUCUGACGACCAUUACCGCGACCGCAUCUCCGCCUUUAUCGCCCAAGAAGUAUUCGUCGUUCACCAGUCCACUAAGUUCCCGUUCGAAAGGUGGUAUAUUUUCGGCACUUAAGGGAUGGUGGGUCGGAGCCAAUCAUCACAAAGAUUCAGGUUCUUACAAGAAAAACAUAUUAGGUUGGGCGGAAAGCAGGGUUGUUGCACCCACGGAUGUCGCGCGUACGAGAUCGCGCAUUAACAGAAGAAGUGGUAGCAAAACUCCGCCCAAUUAUGAUGCGAACCUUCAGAGGUCAUCAUCGGUAUCGCGUGGGUCGAUAAAAGAUCGAAAGAAGAAGAACCGAAACUCUUUGCAAGGUAGUAAAGGUCGACGCCAUAAUAUUCCACCAUUAAUAAUACCCCCCGUCACUCCUUCCAUCGUCCUUUCACAAAAUUCCCCGACCAGCAUGUUACCUAUCCCCGGCACGCCACCAGCAGUGAGAUCCAAGACGAUGUUCACAAUCAAUCGCAGAAAUCCGUUUGCAUAUCCCGGCUCAUCUUGGGGGCGCAAGCAAGUAAAGCGACGGAGUACAGGUGGUAGCUCAAUAAAUCAAUUUGUAGAAAACUUUAAUUCCACCAAUGAAUCCGGUUCGUCCGAGAACAAUAAUAAUAACAAGUGCAAAAAGGACACUUUUGAAAAAAGUACGAUAACGGACAUUCGUGCUGAUGCAAAAAAUACGGAAAUGUUGGAAUCUGCUAAAGAAAAAAUAGUCCCGCCGAAAGAUGAUGGAUCUUCCUCACUCAAGAUAUCGGAGGAGAGCUUAGCGCCAAGUGAUGACGGUGAGGAAUCUGAUGUAUUUGUUGAUGCUGCUAACAAUAACGAUGAGACUACACCAUCAACGGUGAGAGGAAGCAACGACCAACUUCUGAGAUCACGUUCCACCGAUACGUUGUUAUCAGAGGCGAAGGGAAAGAAUCCAGGGACCAACGCGUCGCCCAUUGAAAGACCUCAGUUACAAUCUGUACUCAAUUUCAUGUCCACACCUCCGGAUUCCCCCAAAAUGUCACAGUCACCCUUUCCGUCAACACAUCCGGUUCCCUCGAAGUCCUCUCAAUUACGUCAACUUCAGCACAAUCGUACUCACUCUUCACCGAGCGUGCUCAGGAAUGUUGGAAAAGGAAUUUCCGAUAAUUCGAAUGAUACCGAGAACAUUGGUAUCAAUAUACCCAAUCGGAUGAAAGGACGUGAGAUCACGGGAUCCGAGCUGAGAAGGGAUUCAUCACCUUCCCCUCCAAACGUUUCCGUGCUCAACGGAGCGCAACGUCUAUUCGUGCAAAACAACGCGAUGAAUUCGCGUCGUUCCCUGCAAAACGGCCUCCCCCGAAAAUCGAUGAUGUCAAUGGUCGGGAAUGAUAUCAAUGUGAACAAUGUUAACGCGAAUGAGAAAAUAUCAGAAGAAAGAAGUCAACGACUGGAUCUGCUGCACGAUUAUGGCUCCGAUAAUGAAAUAAAUAAAGGAAGCGGAGAAAGUUUUGAAGAUGUCGAGAGACCUUGGAAAUACAAAAUCGUAGCUUUGCUGUGUGCUCUGUCUCUGGCCGUUGGGAGUCACUAUGCCGCUCACACGCUCGGCGCUUUAAAGGCGGUAAUCAAAGAGGAAUUGGGAAUCACGAAUGCACAAUAUGGGAUCGUACAAUCCUCCGUCUCGCUUGUGAACACGAUUCUGCCAAUCCUUGGCGGGGUCUUUAUCGAUACCUUUGGAACCAUGACAGGAUCAAUUUUGGCCACUUCCCUGAUCGCCUUAGGAAACGUCUUGGUAGCGUUGUCCACGACACUGGUAUCAUUUUCGGUGAUGGUGUUUGCGUCAUUCCUGUGCAUAAUCUCCUUGGCGAUAAACAUAAUAUAUGUGUUUAUCAUGCGGGUCAUUAAUGAAAAACUUUGCGAACGAGAAAUGAUGAAGCUCAAACAAAAGCGAUCAUUCAACCCGAGAACCCUGUUAUUCUUGCCAGCAAUUUAUUGGAUUGUUGUGUUGCUCGAAUUUGCAUUGGGGCCUGUUUCGUUAUUAUCAUCAAUUCCACUUUUAUUGCCGUUGAGUUAUGUCGGCACAGGGUUGGGAAUAGUAAAAUCAGUUUCGAACGUAGGCGCUACAUUAUAUGACAUCCUCGUCGGCAUACUGCAAGAUGAGGAUCACGGGAGGUAUACAUUGGUGAUGAGAUUAUACUUGAUCACCAGUCUUGUCGCGAUGUUAAUAUCCAUAUGGUUAUCAAUGGUGACAAGAAAGUGGUACGACGGAGUGCUCGAUAUGAAAGAUGAUGAGCGAAAAUACUAUUUUGAGGAAAAGAAACGGAACGAAGACGAUGUCGAGUCACGCAUGCAGCAGAAAAGGCGUGCCGAACCAGGACUCAUACUAGUGUCGAGUAAUCCCCGAUCAUCAUAUAAUAGGUCGAGUUUUGCAUUUGUGGGAUGGGUUUUGGCCUGA